AUGCCCCGGGGUCACCACCACAUCUGGAGCAGCGCGGAGGCCGUCGGUGGGAGCGCGGGACAGGCGUGCGGCAGGGAGCUCACGGCCGCUCCCCCGCAGUGGGACCUGGUGUGCUCGAACCACUGGAAGGUGCCCCUGGAGCAGACCACCUACCUGCUGGGCUGGCUGUGCGGCUGCCUCCUCCUGGGCCUGGCCUGCGACAGGUUCGGGCGCCGCGCCGGCUUCGUGUGCUCCCUGGUGCUCGCGGCCCCGCUGGGCGUCGGCGUGGCGCUGGCGCCGGACUACGUCAUGCUGCUGGUGCUGCGGAUGCUGCUGGGGGCCGCGCUGGCCGGAGCCUUCCUCGCCCUCUACGUCGCACGGCUGGAGCUAUGUGACCCCCCGCACCGCCUCAUGGUGGUCAUGGUGGCCAACUUCUUCUGGGUGGCGGGGGAGCUGCUGCUGCCCGGCCUGGCCGUGCUGUGCCAGGAGUGGCGGGUGCUGCAGGGCGCCGUGACCCUGCUGCUGGCACUGCUGGCCGUCUGCGCCAGCUGCCCCUUGCUCUUCCCGGAGUCGCCCCGCUGGCUCCUGGCCACGCAGCAGCUGGAGAAGGGCAGGAAGGUCCUGCGGCGCCUGGCCGAGGGCAACGGCGUGACCCUGGAGGAUGACUUCUACAGCCGGGAGCACCUAUUCACAGAGCUGGACUCGCUGUCGGAGGGGCCCCCGCUGCCCCGGUACCACUCGGUCUGCGAGAUCGUCGACACCCGCGUCAUCUGGAAGAACAGCCUCAUCCUAGGCUUCACUGCGUUCAUCGGCAACGGCAUCCGACACUGCUUCACCCGCAACCUGGCACCUUACCCACCCCGCUUCUACUUCUCCUAUUUCCUGCUGGCGGCCAGGGAGGCCGUGGCCUGCCUCUGCCUCUGCCUCACUGUGGACCGCUUCGGCCGGCGCGCCAUGCUGCUGCUCUGCACCAUCCUCACGGGCAUCGUCUCGCUGCUGCUGCUGGCGCUCACCCAGUACCUGCUGGCCUCGGUGGUGCUGACCCUGUCUGUCCUGGGCAUCACCUCCUCGCACGCUGUCGCUAUGCUCAGCAUCCUCUUCGCUGGCGAGGUGCUCCCCACCGUGCUCAGGGGCUCGGGCCUGGGCCUCAUCCUGGCAGCCAGCUUCAUGGGCCAGGCAACGGCGCCCAUCAUGGCCAUCAGCAACAGCCGCGGCUUCUUCCUGCACCAUGUAGUCUUUGCCUCCUUUGCCAUCCUCUCCGUGCUCAGCAUCAUGCUGCUGCCUGAGCCCAAGGGCAAGGCCCUGCCCGAGUCCCUGGAGGACGGGGAGCGCCGGCGCCGGCCCGCGCUCCUCCGGGCCUCGCACCGCAAGGACCGGCUGGCCCCGCUCCAGGAUGAUGCCCAGAGCUAUGCCCGCCUUGUCACGGCCACCAAGAAGCUGCUGGGCUCCAGGCACCGGGGCCCCCACCUGCUGCCGGCCACCCCCCGUGCCUACGGGUCCCGUCUGGGGACAUAG